AGCAGGAGGGGGAGAUAAAGGGGGAGCGGGAGAUCGUGAAUCCUGCCCAGUUACACAAGCCCGGCCUCCCGAGCAGCAGCUUCUCGGCUUAGGUGUUUCUGCCCAGGGAGAGCGGUCAGUCCCGAGGCCGGCUCCAGCAAUGGCCUUUGCAAGUCUACAGAAAGUGCUCAUCAGUGAUAGCCUGGACCCUUGCUGCCGGAAGAUCCUGCAAAAUGGAGGGCUGCAGGUGGUGGAGAAGCAGAACCUGAGCAAAGAGGAGCUGAUAGCCGAGUUGCAGGACUGCGAAGGCCUGAUUGUCCGCUCGGCCACCAAGGUGACCGCUGAUGUCAUCAACGCAGCAGAGAAGCUCCAGGUGGUGGGCAGGGCCGGCACGGGCGUGGACAACGUGGACCUGGAGGCCGCCACGAGAAAGGGCGUCCUGGUCAUGAACACCCCCAAUGGGAACAGUCUCAGCGCCGCGGAGCUCACCUGUGGGAUGAUCAUGUGUCUGGCCAGGCAGAUUCCCCAGGCGACGGCUUCGAUGAAGGAUGGCAAAUGGGAGCGGAAGAAGUUCAUGGGCACCGAGUUGAAUGGAAAGACCCUGGGAAUUCUUGGCCUGGGCAGAAUCGGGAGAGAGGUGGCCAUCCGGAUGCAGUCCUUUGGGAUGAAGACUGUAGGGUACGACCCCAUCAUUUCACCAGAGGUCUCGGCUUCCUUUGGUGUUCAGCAGCUGCUCCUGGAGGAGAUCUGGCCUCUCUGUGACUUCAUCACCGUACACACCCCUCUUCUGCCCUCCACGACGGGCCUGUUGAACGACACCACCUUCGCCAAGUGCAAGAAGGGGGUGCGCGUGGUGAACUGUGCCCGCGGAGGCAUCGUGGACGAAGGCGCCCUGCUGCGGGCCCUGCAGUCGGGCCAGUGCGCCGGGGCCGCGCUGGACGUGUUCACCGAGGAGCCGCCACGGGACCGAGCCUUGGUGGACCAUGAGAACGUCAUCAGCUGCCCCCACCUGGGUGCCAGCACCAAGGAGGCCCAGAGCCGCUGCGGGGAGGAGAUCGCUAUCCAGUUCGUGGACAUGGUGAAGGGCAGAGCCCUAGCAGGGGUUGUAAAUGCCCAGGCCCUUACCAGUGCCUUCUCUCCGCACACGAAACCUUGGAUUGGUCUGGCAGAAGCUCUGGGGACACUGAUGCGAGCCUGGGCUGGGUCCCCCAAAGGGACCAUCCAGGUGGUAACACAGGGCACAUCCCUGAAGAAUGCCGGCAACUGCCUCAGCCCCGCAGUCAUCGUCGGCCUCCUGAAAGACGCUUCCAGUCACGCGGACGUGAACUUGGUGAACGCCAAGCUCCUGGUGAAGGAGGCUGGCCUCAACGUAACCACCUCCCAUAACCCUGCUGUGCCGGGAGAGCAAGGAUUCGGGGAAGGCUUCCUGAGUGUGGCCCUGGCAGGUGCCCCUUACCAGGCUGUGGGCUUGGUCCAGGGCACCACACCUGUGCUGCAGGCACUCAACGGAGCUGUCUUCAGACCAGAAGUGCCUCUCCGCAGGGGUCUGCCCCUGCUCCUGUUCCGGGCUCAGCCCUCCAACCCUGCCAUGCUGCCUACCAUGAUUGGGCUCCUGGCAGAGGCAGGCGUGCAGCUGCUGUCCUACCAGACCUCGGUGGUGUCGGAUGGGGAGACGUGGCACGUCAUGGGCAUCUCCUCCCUGCUGCCCAGCCUGGACGCCUGGAAGCAGCACGUGACCGAAGCCUUCCAGUUCCACUUCUAACCUCGGGCUCACCAGGCCCAGCCUCGGGCUUUGUGGUCAACACUGAGAGGUCACGUUCUUGGGGCUGACCCCUGUAGCACAGCAAUUACCACCUAAUAAACAGCCC